GAAGAGCUGGGCGAGGAAGAGUACGAGGAGGAUGAGGAGGAGUACGAGGAGGACGAAGGCCUCUCGGAGGAAGAGGAGGUGGAGGAAGAGGAAGAGGAGGAAGGGGGGGCCGAGGAGGGCAGCCCUGCCAGUGCCCGAGGAGCCCCCCCACCCCCUGGGGACACCGGAGCCCUGGUGAUGGAGGUGGAUGAAGGCCACCCGCCCCCGCAGCCCGGGGAGGAGGAGGAGGAGGAGGAAGAGGAGGAGGAGGAGGAGGGGGCUAAAGCCCCCCAGGAGGGCGGGGAGGAAGAGGGGGAGCCCCCUCCCGUCAUCCCCGAGCCCCCACCCCCACUCCUGGAGCCCCCCGAGGUGCCUCCCCCCGCCCUGGAUGCAGCCCCCCCGCUGCCGCCACCGCCGCACCCCGAACCCCCGGGGGGGGCCGGCAGCCCCCCCCCAGUGCCCCCCCAGCUGGAGGAGGAGCCCCUGCCCCCCGUGGGCAAGGAAGAGGAGCUGGAUGAGACAGCCACCAUGCUGGCGGAUUUCAUUGACUGCCCCCCGGAUGACGACAAGGCCCCCGAAACGGCCCUGUGACCCCCCUCAUCCCCUACCCGCCCCCCCCCCGACCCCACAGCGGCGAGACGUGGAAUAAACACGGACCCCCCUCGAA